AUGGAUGUAAAAAGUGAGUCUAUAUCAUCAAGAUUGAUUUCUCAAGAAUCGUCAACAAUAAUUGAAGGAACAGAAGAGGUUACAACUGGGGAUGAGAUAUCACUGUUCCGAGGGUUCGUGUUGGAAGGAACAUGGGAGUUCGUCUUUCCUGCAUACAGAAACGAGAGUGAGUUUCACAAAAUCAGAAUCAACGAAAGCAGAGGCACUGCACUGCAUGUUGCAGUGAAUGAUGGGAAACUGGAGUUUGUUAAAAUUCUGGUUGGAGCAAUAUUGAAUCACGAAGGGAGGGAAGAGGUGAGGGAUGACAGUGUACUGAGAUCAACGAAUGAGAGAGGUGACACUCCUUUGCACCUUGCAGCCUCAAGAGGGUUCAUUGGCAUGUGCAUGUGCAUCAUUGGUGAAAAUGGUGAAAGGAAGGAUUUGAUUAGGGUUAGGAACAACAGGGGUGAAACACAUCUUUUCAGGGCUGUUCUCACAUGCCAAACAAAGACCUUUGUCUACCUUUACAAUGUUUCCAAAGAUCUAGAUGUUCCUCUUAGGAACUUGAUGGAGACACCAGCUUCACCAUUGCCAUUUGAGAGACUUCUUGGGUAA